AAUUACAGUCGCACACCAAAAAAAAACAAAAAUAAAAGACUCGGGAGACUCCGACUCUCUCUCUGUCUCUGGCUGAAGCAAAGACUUUGACAAUCCAAAUCUCUCUCUGCUAAAAUUCUCAACUCUCGUAAACACCAAAACUCCAAAUCUCCCAAACCCUUUUGUUUUUUCACUUUUAUUGUCAAAUUCUCGUUUACUCUAUUGCUUGUUUUCUAAGCUUUUUAGAUUCGUGUGUAUUAUUAUAUCUUAUCAAUUUUAGAAAUCUAUCAACAACAAAAAUUCAUUUCAUUUCGCCCUUUUCUUUAUUCUAUUAUGAUUCUCAUGGAAACAAAACCCUAGAAUAAUUCCGUGUCCUUUGUUUCCAAACAAGGACAGUUUGUGAAUCUGUGAUGGGUAAAAAUCCGUUACUGGCAACGUUUUUAUUGUUGUUGUUUCUGAUUGUUGCCGAUGUCUCCGAUGCUUCCUUGCUCUUCAAGUUUCGAAAGCUAAUCGGUUCUGCUCCUAGCAAUUCCACUCCUAUUUCGCCGUCGCCGAGUCCGGUUCCUGUGGACAGGAAAGUGGAUCCGAAUCCAGCUGCUGGUGGAUCCCAUAACAAGAAGUCGGAGCCUCCGCCACCCGUGGUGCCAGCGCCUUUGGUGGAUCCGAAUAAGGGUUCGGGUAAGAAAGAUAGCGAUACGGGUCCUCCCUCCGACCCAAAUGUUGAAACGGGUCAUAAGGAGAAGAAGGAUUUGCAAGUGAAAUGUAGUGCGUUGGAUAGGACAUGUAGGGCCGAACCGAACAUGACUGCUUGCAUCAAAGAUUUUCAACCUGGGUCCAAAGAACUGGUUGUUCUAGUCCAAAAUGGUGGAGGGAACAUUUUGAAAGUGAAUUUUACCGUGGAAAGUGCUAUUAAGGAGCUGCAAAAACCCAAAAUCCCAAGUGUGGAAAUACCCAAAAACCAAAGUGAAAUGAUAAAUGUCUCGCUAACUUAUGACAAAAGCUACAAAAUCAUAUUACGUACUGGAACUGGUGAAUGUGUGCUUCCUGUGACCCCUCCUGGAGAAGGGAACUCUGUUGUGCUUCCUGUGACCCCUCCUGGAGAAGGGAACUCUAUUUUUAUUCUCCCUUCUUAUGACAAGCUGUUGACCCCAGUCAAUGGUGCCUACUUCUUGAUUCUUACAGUGCUAGUCUUUGGAGGGACAUGGGCUUGCUGCAAGUUUCGGAAGAAGAGUUCCCAUGGCGGAGUCCCAUAUCAAGAACUUGAAAUGGGUUUGCCAGAAGAAUCUGUCUCAGCUAUCAAUGUGGAAACGGCAGAAGGUUGGGAUGAGGGUUGGGAUGACGAUUGGGAUGGAGAUAAUGCAGUGAAGUCACCAGGAGGCCGGCAUGUAGGAAGCAUUUCUGCAAAUGGCCUUACUUCCAGAUCUUCAAACAAAGAUGGGUGGGAAAAUGACUGGAAUGCUUAGUUAUUUGACAGCCAAAAAGGGUCAGAGAAUAGAAUUUUUGCUCAAAGGUAGGUGAGGUAGCAGAGGGUGGGCCAAAAGAUUAAAACAAAAACACAAACUCAAUGUACAACAAAUAGGAUAACUGAGAAAUUGAAUAUAAAAUUUUCUCACUUGUUUUUUUCUGGAUCAAAAAGCUUGCUUUUGUUGAUAGUUGUCUACUGUCACGUGAUAGUUAGAUCCCAAAAUGAGGUCUGUAAAAUUUGUUUUUAUUUUAUUUUUUUAUUGAAGCACAGGAUUUACAUAUUUCUUACCCCUUUUUGCACUUAAAGCUGUACUUUUUGUCUUUAUUGUUUUGGGGGUGUAGAAUUGAAUGGACAUAAAUGCCUACAAAAUGCCAAGAUGGUUUUUAGGCUCUGCAAUUCUGUAGUAAUGAUACUUUGCAUUUUAUUA